AUGUUACCCACACUUGCUGCAAGUGGUGAAGUAGUCAUUGAAGACCGACUCAGCCUUCGCCUGAAUCCUGCUUCGCUGGCUAGAGGAGACCUUAUUGUUGUGAGGUCACCUAUCGACCCGACUGCCAUCGUUUGCAAACGCGUUAUAGGUCUUCCAGGCGAUGUAGUUUGUGUCGACCCAACUGGUUUGAAAGCACCCUCUACAGAGCACGUUCUCGUACCGAAAGGCCAUAUAUGGAUUUGCGGCGACAAUAUGACACAUUCGCGAGACUCGAGAGAUUAUGGUCCGGUCCCCAUAGCUUUGAUCCGCUCGAAGCUUUUCGCUAGGGUAUUGCCCUUGAAGGACCGCAUCAUAUUUCGGAACCCUAUGCGAGUACUUGAUUAA